GAACCAAAAAAUACAGUUUAUUGUUGAUUCACUUAUUUUAUUUGUCAGAUUUAAUAUUUAUAGAUUAACACUUUUAUAUCUUAUCAGUAAUAGGAAAUGUGUUAAUAUAAUUAAUCCGCUUUGGGAAAUAUUACAAUUAUUUUCGUAACAUAAUUAUGCCUUUUGCACUUUUUUAUUUAAGCUUUAUUAUAAAUUGAUGUCUCACUUUAUUUGAUAUUUAUAUUUAGAAAAUAAUGAUAAUUGAUGUCUUGAUUUGAUUAGUGUAAUCAAACUGCCUGAAAGUUCAUGGACCUUGAUUCUCUCACCCUUAUUCUUUGUAUGGUUGUUGGACUGAAAUUUGGGAGGAAAUGCCCUGUUGCUGCCUGACCAGGGAGAGAAAAAAUAAAUGUAAACUCUACCUAUUGGUUAAAUUGAAAUGAUUGAUUUCAUUUAAACAUUAUUUUCUAUGUUACACUGAAUUGGAGUAGAUAAGGAAAUGUCACAUUAUGAUAUACACCUACCUAAAACCAAAAAACUGAACAUUUUAAUCUUCAGGAUUAAGGAUUUUUUGCAAGAUAGACUGCAUUAGUUUUAGCUAGGUGUACCUAAUAAACUGACAACUGAGUGUACUUUACAAAGCCAAAGUGGUGUACCUCAAAUAAAGGGACAGAUAUAGCCUGUUUAGGUGAUUAUUCUUGGUCUCCUCUCAUUGGUUGUCCUCAAUUGGCAUUUGCAGCAGCUGUGGGAAGUCUCUCUAGAUUGCAGAUCACAAAAGCCAAGUGAAACACCAGUAUCAUACUCAACCUGCUCAGGUGAAGGGUCGGCCUCAGUGAGAGACAGCUGCCAGAGUGAAAAUGGGGUUUAUGCACACUGGGCUUCUGUUACUGCUGUUUAGUUCUGCCUAUAGUUAUCAGUUUAGAAGUGGAGCUGGAUCUGGCCUGUCUGUGCAAGAUCCUGAAUUAGAGUGGGCAAGAAUGGAGACAGUUAUAGAUGAAGAUAUGAAGCCAGGACCUGCACUUAAAACCAAACUCUGGAGGAGUGGAUCAGGUAGUGGCUCUUCAACUCCUGAAGCGAAGAAGCUUCCUGAGUAUGUGAAUGUCUUAUCCUCUAAGUACCCGAAAGAGGCUUUCAAGCCAGAAAAAGGUGCCAGACCUCUCCCUGACUGGGUCAAGGAAAUGUUACUUCGUCCUUCCACUGCUGCAAAACCAGCAGCAGGAGGAGCUGCAGCAGGCAGAGGAAAGUUGGUCGAAAUCCUGUGUCAUGUUGACAGAAUGUAUGUAAGAAUUAGAAGACAGGUCUUUAAGACUAGGGAUGCUUAUAAAAACUUGAAACUAGGUACCUGUCCUGUUAACCAAGGUACCAAAGACCAUUAUUACCUUCUGUACCUCCUUAAAACUGACUGUGGAUUCAAAAGAGAGGUUGGUAAAGGUGUCUUCUUUAUCAUUUUUUUUUUUUUUUUCUAUUUUCAAUACAAUUUUCUGCUUCACUGUGAGAAACUAAAACCAGCAGAAAUGUCUAUGUUCCAGAGUAAAACAGAUUAUCUGUCCAUCGGCAAUGUGCUCCACUACAAGCCAGCUGGUGUCAUUUUAAGGGAAAUGCCAUUCGAUGUUUCUCUGCAGUGUAACUUUCCCAGGUGGUUUCACUCCUAUAAAGUUGGAUUCCAUCCCAAACUACAAGGAGGAACAGUUUUCAAAGCACUCCAACCAAAAAGUAACUUAAUCCUCACUGCUCAAGAUGCAUCAGGGAAUGAAAUCACGGGUCCCAAAACAUACACCUUGGGCCAGCCAAUGUACUUUGAGGCCAAGCAACCUGACAACACUGCACAUUCUGGAGAUCAGAGGUUGUACAUCAACAAGUGCUUCAUGACUGCAAACCAAGACCCCAACUCCAGUCCUAAAUAUACCGCCAUUGACAACCAAGGCUGCAUGAUUGAUGGUAAGGUGACAGUACAGUCGAAGUUCCUCAGUGGUGCCUCAAAGAUGGCCCAGAAGUUCAGUGUGGGUGCCCUCAUUUUCAAGGACAUGGUUUCCCCUUCUUCCUCAUCACAGCAACUCUACAUGCACUGUGAGAUCUCAAAGGGGAAACUUACUCCAACUCCGUCUUCAAAGGCUUGUAAUUAUGAUCCAGCGACCAAAAAGUGGAAGGAGCUUUACGGUGACGACUCAGUGUGCACCUGCUGUGAAUCGACUUGCCCCUCAGCACAGCCCAGGGCUUCCAGUAAUAUCGUCUCUAGUCACUCUUGGAAGGUUGAUGUGAGCGGCAGGGAUGGAUAUGUGGAUGUUCACCCUCAGAUGAAAUCGCUUGAUGCUGACACAUUCAGUUUGGAGGACUCCGACAUGGCAGAGCACAGCGACUUUGUAAACUACUGGGAGCAUGACUACUAAAAUAAAUCAUGUGGAAAUGCUUAGAUUUUUUUUUUUUU